AUGCGCAUCUUGCUCGCCAUGUACGAAUAUCAGGCGCGCACUGAUGAAGACCUCACCUUUCAUCAAGGCGAACGCUUGGAGCUUCUAGAUGACUCGGACGCCAACUGGUGGAAGGCGCGCUCACUCACCACCAAUCAAGUUGGCUUUAUUCCCUGCAACUAUGUUGCCGAGGAAUCGUCAAUUGAGGCGGAGCCCUGGUAUCAUGGCAAGCUGGAGCGUGCUGAGGCCCAGCGUCUGCUCACCAGCCAACCCCAUGGCUCCUUCUUAGUCCGCCUCUCGAGUGACGGCCAGUCGUACGCCCUCAGCAUUCGCCUCAUUGGAGCAGAUAUCGACUACAAGCACUAUCGCGUCCGUAAAAUGGAGAAUGGCGACUUUUUCAUCGCCUCACGCGUCAUCAAGCCCUCAAUCACGACUUUGAUCAACCACUAUCAGCAGCAAGCCGACGGCCUGUGCUGCCAGCUCUCGCAUCCCUGUCCCAAGCUCAACGAGCCAACCCUCAACACACUGAGCCACAAGGACGAGUGGGAAAUUCCACGCAUCCAGAUUCGUUUGGAGCGCAAACUGGGGGCUGGCCAGUUUGGUGAAGUGUGGAAGGGUCGAUGGAACAACAGUACGGAUGUGGCCGUCAAGACUCUCAAGCCUGGUGCCAUGUCAUCAGAUGAGUUUCUGAGUGAGGCUGCAAUCAUGAAAAAGCUCCGACACACCAAUCUCAUCCAACUCUACGCCGUUUGCACCGACGGCGAGCCAAUGUACAUCAUUUCCGAAUUGAUGCGCUAUGGCUCCUUGCUCGACUACUUGCACGAGCAUGGGCGUGGUCUGACCGUCCAGCAGUUGGUCGACAUGACUGCACAGAUUGCCUCGGGGAUGGCCUAUCUGGAAGGCCAGAAUUUUGUUCAUCGUGAUUUGGCAGCGCGUAAUGUCCUGGUUGGCGACAACAAUGUCUGUAAAGUUGGCGACUUUGGCAUGUCCCGUGGUCUAGAAAAUGACGACAUCUACGAAGCGCAUCAGGGUGCCAAAUUUCCCAUCAAAUGGACAGCUCCCGAAGCCGCCAAUUAUAAUCGCUUUAGUACGAAGAGUGACGUCUGGGCGUUUGGCAUCUUGAUGAUGGAAAUCAUCACCCUCGGUCGGGUCCCGUAUCCCGGCAUGAGCAAUGCCGAGGUGCUUCGUCGAGUUGAUGUCCCCGAAAAGUAUCGCAUGCCCAAGCCCCAAAAUUGCCCCGACGAGUACCAUGCCAUCAUGUUUGCUUGCUGGCAACAUGAGGCCGAUGAUCGGCCAUUGUUUGAAUCGCUAAAAGUUCAACUGGAAGACUUUGCUUACAACACGGAUGCCUACGCCUAACUGCCCGCUGCUGCCGUUGAAAUUUGCUGGCACGAGCUUGUCUGAUGUGUUCUUAGCAGAUUCGGCAAUGCCCAGAUUUCAAAGUUCCAAUGUUUGAUUCGACCUGGGCUGCCUGCUUGAGUUUUUUUUUCUCUCUUGUUGCAUGUGCGAGGGGAGCGGAAUCCGACGACCUCGCCGACAAGAGCGGGUGUUUAUGUAGAGCCUGACCUAUAUUGCCAUGGGUAUGACAUUGAAUUGAAUCGUCUUCAAACC